CAGAAAGUCGGGUCGAAUGCAGGAAGUGGAGUCCGAUCAAUGAUUAUCAGAGAAGAACUUAGAUAUCUUUUCUUUAUUCAUUAUUAGUUUUUGUGGUUGUUUUCUCUUUAAUCUAUCUAUCAAUCUAUAACUAUCUAUCUACUGGUUUAUAUAUUAUUUUUAUUGUUUUCUUAUUACUAAAGGUUGAAGGAAAGGAGAGACAGAGGAACACCAAGAUAAGAAAUGAAUGGAAGAUGAAGGGAAAGGAAAGGAGAUGAUGAAGAAGAGGGGAUAAAGAAGUGAAUAGGAAAGAAGGGAAGAGGCCUCAUUAUCCUCCCCUUCCCUCCCUCCCUUCCUCUCCUCCCUUCCGUCACCAUGAAGAGGAUCGUAAAACUGCCGGUGUUCUAUCUAUGCCUAGUCUGCGGUGGGGUCCUAGUCCUGUACCUCCACAGCGGGCAGGACACCCUCACGGACAUCCUACAGAUCGAAGGAAGCCACAAGUUGCCAUCCAUACAAAUAGACAUCAAACACAGGACCUACAAGCCUGACCCCGACACACCUGCAGACGAAGCCUCCAAACCUGCCCACAACACACCUGGCUUCCUUACGUCCCCGGAGAGCCCCUAUCCCACUCCUGACACCAGUGUAACACGCCGCACACCUGUCCACUCUACACCUGAGAAAUUACCUGAAGAAAAAGAUGAAGAUGAUGAGGAGGGUGAGGAAGAGGAUGAGGUUACUGCCCCCUCCCCCCUCCCCUCCCCUCCUCCUCCUCCUCUUGCUCGAAAGGAAGAGGAAGAGGAAGAGAAGAAGAAGAAGGGGUUGAAGACUAUUCUCGUGUGGAAUAAUGGCUACGGACAGGAGAGAAUGGGCUUCGACGAGGGACAGGAAUCAUUUUUGCUACAUAAGUGCGAGGUUAACACAUGCUACAUAACGGCCGACCGCUCCUACCUGCCCGUGAACUCCUUUGAUGCUGUUAUCUUCCACCUGAGACCCACCGACCCUCACGACCUGCCCAAGAUGAGGUCACCCAAACAGCGCUGGAUCAUGUACGAAGUGGAGUCCGCAUCCUACCUCUAUCAGGACCUUGCAUACUACGACGGCGUCUUCAACUGGACCAUGACCUACAGGCUGGACUCCGACAUACCGUUCAGGUAUGGAAGAAUUGAUCCGAUUAAGCCGCCAUUCUCCUCCCUCUCCCCACGAAACUACGCCGAAGGGAAGACCAAAUUGGCGGCGUGGUUCGUCUCCAACUGUCUGACUCACUCGCGGAGGGAAAAGCUUGUGCAGUUUAUGAGGGACGUGGACAUGGAGGUGGAUGUGUACGGAAAGUGUGGUAAGCUGAAGUGCCCGCGGGAGAGUCAGGAGUGUUAUGGACUUCUGGAUAAACACUAUAAGUUCUAUCUGUCCUUCGAGAACUCCCUCUGCAAGGAUUAUGUCACGGAAAAGCUCUUCAAUAUUCUCAGACACGACGUGGUCCCCGUGGUGUUCGGGCUGGCCAACUACACGGCCAUCGCACCGCCCCACUCCUUCAUCAACGUGCUCGACUUCUCCUCCGUCAGGGGCCUCGUCGACUACCUCAAGUACCUCGACAAAAACGACGACGCCUACAACAGAUACUUCAAGUGGAAGGAGCGUUACCGCGUGCUGGACGGCUGGGACGCCACGAGGGAAAAUUUCUGCGCCCUCUGCAAGAAGCUCCACCAGGACAGCAAGCCCAAGGUGUACUGGAACAUGAAGAGCUGGUUCGUGAAGCGGGGAAAGUGCAAGCGCGCUCACGGCAUGCCCCUACACUCCCUGCGCGUCAGCGAUCCCCUCAUGGAAAAAUACGAGAUACUGAUUAAGGAUAAGUCGUUUGAGGAGUUCCUGAUGGUCUAGAUAGUGCCAGGUUGUGAUAUUUGGUAGAAAUGAAGAGAUCUGAGUACCGUCGCCUGCUCCGCCGCCAGUGAGCAGUGACAACAACGGCACAGCGCAAAGCGUAUCAUACUUUAUAGUUUAAGGAGUUCCUAAUGGUCUAGAUAGUGCCAGGUUGUGAUAUUGGGUAGGAAUGAAGAGAUCUGAAUAUAUCGUCGCCUGCUCCGCCGCCAGUGAGCAGUGACAACAACGGCACAGCGCAAAGCGUAUCCCAUUUUAUCGUUUGAGGAGUUCCUAAUGGUCUAGAUAGUGCCAGUUUGUGAUGUUUUGUAGGAAUGAAGAGAUAUGUGUAUCGUCGCCUACUCCGCCGCCAGUGAGCAGUGACAACGGCACAGCGCAAAGCGUAUCCCACUUUAUCGUUUGAGGAGUUCCUGAUGGUCUAGAUAAUGCCAGUUUGUGAUAUUUUGUAUCAAUGAAGAGAUCUGAGUAUCGUCGCUUGCUCCGCCGCCAGUGAGCAGUGACAACAACGGCACAGCGCAGAGCGUAUCCCACUAUUCAUCGUAAACAAUUAAGCUUGACAAACGUAAUCCAUAUAAAUCUAACCUUGCCUGACCUAACCUAAGUAUUGCUAACCCAGCUUGACCUAGCCUAACUUUACCUACCCUAACCUGACCUAACUAUAUUUGACCUAGCCUAACUGUACCUAACCUAACCUGACCUAACUAUAUUUGACCUAACCAAACUUUACCUAACCUAACCUAACUAUA